CAUGGCUACUGGGUACGACCCCAGCAAAGUACGUUAUUCCCGUGACAGACAGUCUUCUGAUUCGUCUGGAAGAUACACUCGAUCACAAGGAAGAGUCGAAGGAUGGAGAGGAGAUCCUCAAGACGAUGAUGUUUUUGACAGCUCCGGGUUUGGAGGUGCUGCAAACCCCCGACGCGGCUCUCCAACGCCAUUGGGGACUGGAGACGCAAGAUCUCGAGGGGGCCCCCGCGGCCGAAACUUUCGGAACACGGAUGGACAUUCCUACAGGAGAGGACCUUCGAGAGGGGGCUCUUCAAACUGGAGGAAUCCAGGAGGCAGACGUGGAAAUCGUGGAAGAUCCUGGAGCAGUUCAGAUAGCUACCGAGGCAGAACCUCUUAUUCCACACGUAAUUCUCUCGGAGAAGGAUCAGAAGUCGGCAACUUGAGAGACACAACAUCACAAGGAGGCGAAAGGAACCGAGCUGUGCCUUCGAGAGGGAGGCACCAAGAAUCAGCAGGCAUCACGAGGGACUUCUUCAGGAGGCCCGGAAGAGGAGCCGCCAAGACCAAGUCGGUGGGAGACUCCGUCCCCUAUUUUGCUGAGGAGACCACAGGAGAGGUUCAAGAUGGUCCUGAUGUGGCUAGUUGGAGAAACACAAGGGGAUCACAAGGCAGUGAGCAAGCCGAAUGUCUGGAGGAAGAUGAAGAUUCUAGAACCUUCACUGAAGAUGAAGACCAUGAUUCCAACUCGGCAAGCUAUGCAGAUGAGUCUACAAGCCAGCAUUGGCGAACCUAUGCAUCAGAUCUGCACAAGACUCAGCAGAGACGCAAGACCACCGGGCCUUCCUUCACGGACCAAGAACUUGAAAGCUUCCUGGACGAAAACUCCCAAGAUGCUCUCCUGAAUCUUGUCAGUCAGAAGAAGAAAUUUGAGGCCCUUUUGUCUGCUAAUGAACUAGAUGAAAACACGCUAAUGUUAACAAUACGUGUUUUGUCCUGUAUGUGUCAUUUAGAUCAAGUCUAUGAGGCGAUGUACACUCGAGAAGUAAUCGUGAUUUUAAGUAUGAUUGAAUCAUCCUCGUUUCUCACUAAGCAUUUGACUAGGUACCUAGUUGGUUUAUCCUUGAAGCAAGCAGACGAUUGCGAUGUUGAAGACACCGUAGGUGCGAAGAACCUUGCAGAGGAAGUUAACAUGAUGUUGGACAUUCUGAAGCUGUUCCUGCAGCGGAAGCCAUCUGCUUGCGCAGCGGUGAACGUAGUUUUGGUUUUCUUACAGAAAGUAGUGACCACGGCAGCGUUGAGUAACAGUGAGUUCGACCCAGAGGGCUCUCGGAUGGCGAAGGUAGAAGAGGUCAAGGAAUGCUGUCACUCCUUGGACGAGUCGCAGAAGACAGCUAGAGAACGCGUCAAGGAGAAACCACCUCCGGACAAUUACAGGGACAUUCCCAUCUUCCCAAAGAGCACAGAGCUUCGCCAGAUGGGCAAGCCCUUCCUGAGAAAGAACAUUGUUCGAGGCAGAUAUGAAAGUGUUGAGCAUUACCUUGACGUUCAGUUCCGCUUGUUGAGGGAAGACUUUGUGGCGCCGAUGCGGGAAGGAGUAACUGAAUUUCUCUCCAACCCCCGUGGCCGUCUCCAAGACAUCCGUAUGUACUACGAUGUCUUUUUAGAAGCCCAGAAGAUGGCAACGAAUGGAAUUGUUCACACACUGAAGUUUGUGUUGAGGCGUCGAAGACCUGAGCGAUGGGAGACCAGCAAGCGUCUCUUGUAUGGGUCCUUCGUCUGUCUUUCCAGCGAUAACUUCAAUAGCAUUUUGUGUGCCACUGUGGAGAACAGGAAUUUGAAAGAUCUUCAAAAUGGAAGGGUGCAUGUUCGCUUUCUGACCGAGGUGCCUCGUAAAUACAAAGGUCCCUUCAUCAUGGCUGAAUCAGCUGCUUACUUCGAGGCUUAUCGCCACGUACUCCAGGGGCUUCAGCAAAUGAACGAGAGAAACUUUGCCUUCAAGAAAUACAUCGUAGAUGUGGCCUCCAAGGUAGAGCCACCUGCUUAUCUAGCAGGUGAUGAAGAAGUUGCGUAUGAUCUAAGACCACUUGUUCUUGGUUCUGAUGAGGAGUCCGAUAAUAACCAAGACAUCGUCAAUGCAGCUUAUGUGCCAAUCCUAGAUCCAGGGAAUUGGCCGAGUGCAGAAGCCCUACACCUUGACGACUCUCAGUUAGCUGCCUUGCAAACAGCUCUGACCAAGGAGUUCGCCAUCAUCCAAGGCCCUCCAGGUACAGGGAAGACCUACAUCGGUCUGAAGAUAGUUGAGCUGCUUCUGUAUAACGCACCUUGGAAUAGCAACCAACCUGAAGAGGUUAAGACCUCACCGAUCCUUGUGGUCUGCUACACAAAUCACGCACUGGAUCAGUUCCUUAAGGGUAUCAUUGACUUCGGUGAGCAGAAUGUGGUUCGUGUUGGCAGCCGAAGCUCCAGUGAGGAACUUGAGAAGAAGAACCUAGCCCGUAUGAGAAGAGACAGACCAUUCAAAGAGUAUGCACAAGAAAAGGAGAGACUCAAAAAAGUUGAACAAGAACUAGCAGAGCUGGAUAAGUUAAUUCAACGCGUACUCCUUCAGCUUCAACUUCCAGGCAAGGUAGUUCUUAAUGUUAUGGCACUGAUACACUUCAUGAGUCCGGGUCACUUUAAAGAACUUUCUCCAAAGCAGCUGCAGAGUGAAGAGAAAUUGAACGAAACACGAUCAGCUAAUCUUUUGAAGUGGCUUAAGGUUGGUGAUGCUUCAAAUGAAAAGGAGGAAAAAGUAGCAGACCCAGACCGGAAAGAAUUGGAUGCUGCUGUGGAAGCCAAGGAUCUUACAGAGAUGGAGGAUGAGGGAGAGGAGAUCCAGCGGGAGCGUCAAAUCGACGACUCUGAUGACCUUGUCAAGGACCGUGAGAUACAAAGGCAAGCUCUGGAGCAGGAGAUUUGCAGUAAAAGUUCUGCACAUGCCUUGGAGCGUAGUCUGGAUUCUAAUUCAGUGACAGAGAUGCAAAAAUCUGAUGUAAUGACGGAUCAACAGGCUGGCAGAUUAAAACGCAUCUGGAAGCUUGACUUAAGUGACCGUUGGCGUCUCUACAGGCUCUGGGUCAAAAGAUACAAAGAUACACAUGGUACGAGACUGGGUCAGCUUCGGGAGAAAUACGAGGCACUUUUAAAGGAGCAGGAGACUUUGAAUGCUCAGGGUGACCUGGAGAUUCUCCAAGAAGCUAACGUGAUUGGUAUGACAACCACUGGUGCGGCAAGAUGCCGGAAUGUUCUGCAGCGACUAGGUCCUCGAAUUGUUGUGGUAGAAGAGGCUGCUGAGGUCCUGGAGGCACACAUCAUCACCACCCUGACUGCAAAAUGCGAGCAUUUGAUUCUCAUCGGUGACCACCAACAGCUGAAGCCUAAUCCAACUGUCUACCGCCUGGCGAAGCUGUUCAACUUGGAUACAUCCCUGUUUGAGAGGAUGAUCAACAACGGUGUCCCUUGCAAGACACUGUCACAUCAACACCGCAUGCGUCCUGAAAUCUCACAGCUUAUGAAGAGACAUUUCUAUAAACGGCUGUACGAUGAUAAAUGUGUACUGGAUAUGGAGAACGUCAUGGGGAUGCAACACAACAUGUUUUUCAUCAACCAUCAACGAUUAGAGGAUGGGCUUGAUGACGACAGGACGAGAUCCAAUCAGCACGAAGCCGAGGUCUUGGUGGGCUUAUGCAAGUAUCUAUUGGAUCAAGGUUACGAUCACUCCCAGAUAACUAUACUCACCACAUACAAGGGUCAGUUGUUCUGUAUUAGGCGACUCAUGGAUAGAGCAACCUUUGAGGGGGUUCGUGUGUCUGUUGUAGACAAUUUCCAAGGAGAAGAGAAUGAUAUCAUACUGUUGUCUCUCGUACGAAGCAAUGAGGAGGGUUCCAUUGGGUUUCUCCGCACUCCAAACCGUGUUUGUGUUGCACUGUCCAGAGCUCGGAUGGGAUUUUACUGCAUCGGCAACUUCAACAUCCUGAAGAAGGCCCAAAUCUGGAAGGACAUCAUUGCUAAUCUUGAGGCCGAGCAUAAGAUUGCCACGUCCCUUCCGUUAAAGUGUCAAAAUCAUCCCGACAAAAUCUCCCAGGUUGCCACUGCAAAGGACUUUAAGGAACAGGCUCCCUGUGGUGGAUGUGACAAGUCGUGCGAGUAUAGGUUACCGUGUGGCCAUGUUUGCCGUUUAUCCUGCCACCCCUACGAUCCUCAGCAUCAGAAUUAUCAAUGCCAGAAACCAUGCACGAAAAGUUGUUCAAGAGUGGAGCACAGUUGUCCGCUUAAAUGUCAUGAGUCAUGUAAACCCUGUCAGGAAGAGGUUGAGAAAUUGAUGCCUGAUUGUGGACAUGAGAUUCGGGUUUCCUGUUUUCAAUUUGAAACAAUUUCUUGUCCUGAACCGUGCGAGAAGCUCUACACUAACUGUUGCCAUCCUUGUCGGAGGAAAUGUGGUCAGCGCUGCCAUGUGACAUGUCCAGAGAAAUGUGAGAGGUCACUGGUUUGUUGCCAUCCAUGCACGGAGCCGUGCGGAAGGCCAUGUAACACAUACUGCAAAGUUAGAGUCAAGAGAAUCCUGGAGACGUGUGGUCAUGAAGUCACGAUGGACUGCAGUCAAACUGAGAUUCCCUGUCCAAAACCGUGUCCCAAGCUUUUCUCGAGCUGUCAGCACCAAUGCCGGAGGAAAUGUGGUGAAAGUUGUUUGGAAGCCUGUCCUGAAAAGUGUGAAAGGAAGCUGGUAUGUGGUCAUUCCUGCGAAGAGCUUUGUAAGGAGACUUGCACAUCUUAUUGUAAGGUUGAGGUCACGAGAAUCUUGUCGAAGUGUCGGCACAAGGUUGUCAUGGACUGUGGAGAAAACCCGGAAGCAUUCCAGUGCACAAGACUUGUGACCAAAACUCAUCCUUCAUGUGGCCAUGAUGUCCUGGUCGAUUGCUGUGAGGAUCCUGGAGAGGUGGAAUGCAAGAAGUUUGUGAUCAAAAAAAGGAAGAGCUGUGGGCACCGAAAAGCUAUGCCCUGCUACAUUGAUCCCGAUUCAAGAGAUUGCACUAAGAGAUGUAACAAAAUUCUUCGAUGUGGCCAUCAGUGUCCAAAUGCUUGUGGGAAACCGUGUGAGGCUUCUGACAUCUCGCCUAGAUCUUAUCUGGAUGCUUUUGAAGAGACGGAUGACUUGAAAGUUUGUGAAGUGAUUGUGGAGAAGUCUUAUCCUUCUUGUAGUCAUGUCAUUAAGCUUCCGUGUCAUAAGGAUGUGGCUAAGGUACCUUGUACUGAAAUCUGCAAGAAACUUUUGUCAUGCGGUCAUCGAUGUCCUAGGAAAUGUUCAGAGUCAUGCCCGAAAGAAAGGUUGAGCAAUUCAUUAUUGAGAAUUCAUGCUAGGUGGGGGGAACAGUUUUCUGGAUUUUGUACAGACAAAUGCAAAAAGGAAUUGUUAUGUGGUCACAUGUGUCCCAACAAAUGUGGUGAACCCUGUCCAAGUGAUGUAGGCGUAAUGCAUUGUUCCUCCUUGGUAAGCUUUUCAACAAAGUGCAAGGAACUUGUGGAGAAGAAGCUCCCUGGUUGUGGCCAUACUGCUGAAGUGGAAUGCCACAAAGAUGUCUCAGCUUUAUCCUGCUCUCAAAUUUGUGGUAAGAAGUUGUCCUGCGGCCACGUCUGCAUGAACUUAUGUGGCAUUCCUUGCAAAUGCCUCCGCAGUGUACGGAAGAUGCUGCCGCAUUGUGAUCACACUGCUCUACUUUCCUGCUAUCUUGAUGUGAGCUCCUAUGAAUGCCCAAAGAAGUGUGAGAGGAAACUUGCAUGUGGGCACAGGUGCCCCAACAAAUGUGGGGAGCCUUGUCCUGGUAAUGGGGAUAGCUCGACCGACGAAGAUGAACCGAGCAGGUUACUUCUUUCUGCAAGAGCAGCGAAAACGCCGGCAAGAAGAUGCACCGAAAUGGUGAAGAAGGACUUUCUGGAUUGCGAUCACAGUGUUGACUUGCCGUGCUUCAAGGAUAUCAGUACAGUGAAAUGCCAUCAGAGGUGCUUACGGCUUCUUUCGUGCGGUCAUCAGUGCCCCAAUAGGUGCAGUGAUUGCAUCGAAGAAGAUGCUUCGUCGAGCGAAGACGAAAUGACAGGGCACCGACCGCGCCAUACGAAGUGUAAGGUGAAAGUACGGAAGAUGUUGCCUUGCGGUCAUGCCCAGGAUGUGGCUUGCUGGUUUGUCGACUCCACCCAUGCUUGUCUGGAGCCGUGCACCGAAGUCUUAGCCUGUGGCCACAAAUGUCAUGGCAACUGUGAUAAAUGUAAGCAAGGCAAACAACACGCAGGGUGUGGACAGAGCUGUAAGCGUCAGCUUUUAUGCGGCCACACAUGCAGAGACAUCUGUGGUAAAGUUUGUCCACCAGACUGCCGUAGCUGCACAAGAGACGCUGUAUGGCAGCGUCAUUUGAGCCUACGCGUGGCACAGGGUUUGGAGACUUAUCCAUGUACACAAAACAUAAGAAACCGUCAACUGAAGUCUAAUGCUUGCAUUCUUCAUUGCACCCGGCGCUGCAAACAUGGCAAACAUCCCUGCAUCGGUGUAUGUGGGGAGCCUUGCCCACCAUUUUGCAUUAUAUGUACAAGACGUGCAACUAUAGACGCGAUGCCCAACAAAAAUAUUCGCCCAAAAGACACGUUCAUCUACCUUCCAGACUGCGAACACAUGUGUGAGACUCGAACCUUAGAUAGGAUGGUAGCUAGUAUCCAGAGUCCCUUAAAGAACGGAUUCUUUGAGAUUCGCUCCCUGCUAUGUCCCAAAUGCAAAGACCCAAUACUGAACUGCCCCCGUUACAAGGAGACCCUUGAUAUUAUUAAGAAAUCAAUUGAAGCAGCCAAGGAGAAGCAUAACCCAAACAGGCAAACAGUUUCUGGGUUGUCUAGGCAUUGUGCCAAGUAUGUAUCAAGUAUGUCAUUUGCAGUGGGUAGAUGGUUGAGAUGCCCUGAAGGUCACGUCUUCUAUCUUGAGGAUGACAAACAAGCGGGACAACAGGAUCUAGCAUGCCCUGAAUGCCCCCAACUCAAAGUGCAUGAUGAGGAAUUUUUUGAUUAACCGGAUUAAGCGAUUAUACUGUAAAGUCUGGGAGAGGAAUGUGCAUUGUCAGUGCUGCACAAUUAAAACUCGGGCAGGUUGGUCAGUAACUGGCUACAGUAUUGAGCAAAGUGUCAGUUAAAAUGUAGGCCUAUUUGGAAAUUACUCAGAUCAAACUUUAUAGUGCGAGACAACAUAACGUGUUCAUCAUACUGUAAAUAAGCCUAUACUCCAAAUGACUAACCAUGCAUUAUAUAAGGGAUAUAUAUACAUAUACAUAUACAUUGUAUAGUAGUUAACACAGUUUUGGUAUAUUAAUUAAGUAAACCUUUCAUUUACCGCUUAACACAAGACGGUUACGAUAUCUUAUACCUGUCAGUAACUGCCUGCAGUGGUAUGAGCAAAUUGUCAGUUAAUAUACGUUUGGAAAUUACUCAAAUCAAACUUUAUGUUAGAUAACUGUAACGUGAUCAUCAUACUGUAAAUAUACUCCACUUUCAAGGGAUAGAUAUAUAUACACAUUGUAUAUGGCGGGUUUGCAGUUAACACAGUUUGGGUAUGCAUGUGUAUAAGUAAACCUUUUAUUUGCCGCUUGUCAUAAUGCUUUUUUACGAUAACUUAUACCUGUGGUUCAUUUAGUAAACUAACAAUGUAGGCCUACCACUUUAUCAUGAAACUAGUUCCGGUAUAUAUUCGGUGAACAUGACCUUCUAUUUGCUGUUUGUAUGAGAAUUGUGGUAUCAAUUACACACUUAGGUCUGGUUUCUUUAACAUUUACCGCUUAUCAUCAGACUUGUACGUUUAUCGUGUAGUUUGGGUGUAUUCAGUUAACCUAGCAUUCACUUUUCUUGAGAUUUGACACUAUCAUCUCAUGAAAUUUACUUCCAGUAAAUUCAGUAAGGCCGACAUACGUUAUCAUUAUUACAUUUUUUGUAGAUACACUUACCGCUUGUCAUGAUCAUAAUACUUUUACGUUAUCAUAUUUUUCUGGUAUAUUAUUCAAUAAACCUUUCAUUUACCGUUUAUCUUUAAAGACAUAUGUUAUCAAACAGUUCUGGUUUAACCAGUAAACAUAUUUGUCUUUAACUUAACGUUAUCAUUAUAUUCAGAAAACCUUUGGUAUUACUCGGUUACGGCUUUAUCAUAACAGUUCUGGUAUAAUAUAUUCAGUAAACAUUAUUUACCGGUUGUCUUGAGACUUAUACCUUUUAUAGUUUUGGUGUAUAUUGUUACAAUCGCUUUUGUCUGGCCUACUAUCAUUUCAAUAUCAUAUUUGACCUGUUGAGGUUUUUUUUUUUUACGUGUGCGCAUGCAAUGGGACUACUAUGUUCUCAGUUAGGGGCCGAACUGUGCCUUGAAAUAUAACACAAAUAUAGUUUGUUUUGUUUCUCAUUUGUCAUCAAGUGACGAAAUAACUGAUACAAUACUGUGAAGUGUUCCGAUUUUGUUCACAAUGUUGUUUUUUUUUAGUAAGUAGCCAACAGUUACAUAAACUUUCAGAACUGUUAUUGUUUUUGCGAUUUGUGACUUCAUUGCCAAAUAUCACGUCAUUGUCAAAUUAUAGCCUAGUUACAAAGUGUUGCGAUAUUUUAGCUCGAUGGACCAAUGUCCGUAGUACAUAGAGUUGUAGAAUAUCGGAUUAGAAUUGUUGUUAAAACAGCUUUAUUUUACGCCUUCUCCACUACCAAAUGACGUCUGAAUAUCGAAUAUGCAAAUGAUGAAAUAACAAUUUAGAAUGUGUGGUGAUAUUUUAGUGCAAUGGAACGAUAACAUUUAUGUUUAUAAAAGGAACAGCACAUAUUUUUAUGUAAUUUACUGUAUUUCAAUGUUUUGUGUCUACAUUGUCCAAAUCUUAUUGAAUGUAAAAAUUGUGAAAGUGACAUAAUAACUACAAAAUGUAUAUAUAUGUAGUCAAAUUUGAGCACAGUAGGUGGAUGAAACCAAUUUAACAACCAGAUGCAGGUUAUAGUUAAACAUUUCCUUUCUGUCACUUAUAUUUUGUUUGUUUCAUUAUCAGACUCAAGAAGAUUGGUUAUACACAAGUUUGUAAUUCCAGUUCCAAUCCGGUUCAUAAAUGACUUCGUCAUAUACGCCCAUGAAUGGACCGAUCCAGUAAGCACCGCCCCAUGGUAUUCUGGCCAAUCACAGCCGUGAUUAUGUUCGACAUGCGUGCACAAAAGUCCGACAUGCGUGCACGCGCGUAUGAU